AUGAUCAAUCCGAUCUCUGAUCUAAUCGACUCGGCUUCGGCGGCCACUCGCAUGGACGCCGUCGACGCUCUCCGAGCCUUCUUCGUCUUCGCUUCCUGUACGAUCCUGUCGGUCAGCCUGUCGCAAUCGCUCCGCUCGCGCUUCGUCCCUUAUGGCGCCCGUGCAACCUCGACGGGCGAGUCGAAGCCGACACCGAAUCCGAUUUCCUCGCCCUCCAAGUCCUCAGGGGGCUCUGCGGUCACACGCCCUCUCGACUACCUCGCCGCCUUGAAGGUCCCUCACGGCUACUUUACGCAGUUCUACAUUGCGUCGGUGCUGUCGUCGCUAUUCUGGGCUGUGCAGCUCCUGUCUCGCGGGGCUGCCUUCCAGGCUGUUGCGACUAGGAUCCGCCCGGAACGCCUGCAGGAUGUGAUGUCCUUGAACCAGAUCCUGCUGUGCUGGGCGCUGAUGCUCGUUCAGGGUAUAAGGCGCCUAGUGGAGUGCCUGGCACUCUCGAAGCCAUCGUCAUCUCAAAUGUGGUUCGGCCAUUGGCUUGUUGGCAUUGCUUUUUAUGUGGCAGUGUCGGUUGCAAUUUGGAUCGAGGGCACUGGCACUCUGCUGGCUCACGAGUACACCCUCGACCAUAUCAAAAUCACCAACGUACCUUCUCUCCGCACCUUUCUCUGUCUGCCACUCUUCCUUUUCGCGUCGGGUCUCCAGCAUGACUGUCACUACUACCUCUUCUCACUCAAGAAGUACACCGUCCCCGCUCAUCCGCUGUUCAGCAGGGUUGUGUGUCCGCAUUACACUGCAGAAUGUGCCAUCUAUUUGUCGUUGGCACUGCUAGCCGCCCCUUCGGGAGAAUGGGUUAACAAGACCCUUCUAUCAGCGCUGGCGUUUGUCGCCAUCAACCUAGGUGUCACUGCCGGAACCAGCCGAAAGUGGUAUGCGCAGAAAUUUGGCGAGGAGUCUGUGCGGGGAAAAUGGAACAUGAUUCCGGUGGUGUACUAA